CGUGCUGCCUGCGUUCAGUUUUUAACCUGCGAGCUACCCCGUUUAUUUUAUCCGCGUCCAUUUAUUGGUUGUACCAAAUAUGGCGCUUCUCAUUGCUGACAGUAUCAUUUCUUGACUCUUGGACAUGUAUCCCGAAAGUUAUCACCCUCUCAGCAAAACCUUGUGCAUGGAGAAUAGAAUGUCUUGUGUGUGCGAGGGGCGCGUGUUCACGAAAUCAAACACUUGGUCAAGAGUUGUGCAAGCCUCCCAAGUUGUCCAAUACUGCUUGUGGGUAUAAAUGACAUGUUAUCCCCACACCGGUUAAAUGUACUUUGGCAAUAUUAUGUUUCUUUGGUUCCUCAUCCUUUGAGAAGGAGGGUUGCCCUUUAUGCUUGUCCACUGUGACCUGCGGCAUACACACUCAAAUGGUUAUUGCACGAAGCGGAUUCAAAACUCUUUAUUUUCUUUGUUAACAACCUAUAAUGUAAACCACUGUCACUGUACUCUCUUUGGUGUAUAUUUUUCUUUGUGGUACUAAUAUCACCACCUAAUUGUAUGGGUGAAAACACGUCCUGAUUUUGUCCAUCCAAAUUCUAAAGGUUAGGUUUAAUGAAUCCAUCAUGCUAUUCAGUCCAGUAGUCUCAAAUUAUAUACAGAGUUCCGUGUCAUAAUUUAAUAUUGGUCUUUCUAGUUGUUGUUCAUGUAACAUACUUCGUUUAAAAUGUUUCCCCAUGGUGCUGCCGCCGCUCCCUCAGGCCGCGUUGUCGUCAACAGGAUCCUUCGCCGGGACAACUUCGGGCGUUGGAUAUUGGUGGACAACUUCCUUCCCGUGUCCAAGCAGCACGCGUCGCACCCAAACCGAGGAGAAGCAACCGUGCAGGAGGAAACAAUGGAACCGCAGCCCGCAGCGGCAGCCACGCCUCCAGCCCAGCGGGAGUGCAUUCAAGAGCUCGACCUGAAGGACCUGUGCGAGGCGACGCCGGAAGAACGACGGGAGGAGAAGGCAGCCACACUGCAACGCUUGCGGCAGCGAGGGGUUCGGCGGUUGACCAACGUGUGGUGCGAGCGAGACCCUGACUGGGUCCUGGCUGUCCUGCGUGGUGCCGCGCCCACGCUGGAGGAGAUUUCCGUCUGGAACCCCGACGAUGCCCACCUUGGGGUGGUGCACGCCAUGCCCGAACUGCGGCGGAUGUGGCUGGAAUCCUCCGAGGCCCCGAACGCGCCGCCUGCCGUGCUGCCCGCUCUGCAGCGGGGCGGCCUCAAGUGGCUGCGCGUGGGUGCACUGGCUGGGCCCAGCCUGGUGUCGCUGCUGCAGACCCACAGUGCGACCCUAGAGGUGCUGUGGCUGCAGGGCAAUCGCGAGGACCUGCCCGACCUGCUGCGCCAGAGCGGUCUCCGCGGCGCGCGGAUCAUCCUGUGGGACUUCAUCCACUACCCGUUGCGCUGGCACAGCAUGUACAGGUGCCGGGAAUGGCUCUCCCCAUUGCAGCGCACACUGCCCGAAGCCGUGGUGGAGUGCCAAACGUGUGGCAAGGUCCCGUGGGAACGGUUUUAGAGCCAGACCUCGAUCAUCGUUUAUGAUGUUCUCCAGUUUUGUACUGUUUUCGGAAUGUGCGUGUCGGAUUGUGUCGAAUAAUUGUGUCUAAUUAUUGUGUCGAAUUAUAUCCAUAGAGCAUA